AUGUUGAACGCAAACAGCGAAAAGCUAAUGAAAUGUCAAGCAAAAAUUGAGGAAAUCGAUGAAGAAGACAUGACCCGUGGGGAGUUAGAGGACAUAAUUGCCGAAACGAAAGCCAUUAUUAAAUCAAUUUUGGCGAAAAACAAAACUUCAGUUGGCGAAACUUCUUUCGUAGCGCCUCACAGCUCAAGACUCCCUAAAAUGAAUUUGCCAAAAUUUAAAGGACAGUAUUCGGAGUUCAAAAACUUUAUGAGCUUGUUUAAGAGCCUUGUACACAACGAUCCUACAAUCCCAGAUAUUGAGAAAUUUAACCACUUGGUUAACUGUCUGUCUGGUGAGGCUUUGGGAACGGUAAAGGCCUUCCAAAUGUCAGACGAAAAUUAUUCGAAGGCUUUGGCUAGUCUCAAAAAAGUUUAUGAUAACAAAUACUUAAUAUUUUUCGACACAAUUUCCAACUGCGCUUUCAUGUUUAUGACUCACUGCUGUCGUUGGGUGACGAGAAAAAUAUCACAAACGCAAUCAUAA